CGGGUGUAGAAGUCUCGAACGGAUCGAGUUACUUAUCAAAACGUUUCAUUAAGCAUAAAACAAAAAGCAAAAGUUUGUGUUACAACAUUUUACAAUAAAUUGCAACGAUCAGCAAGCUGCAAAUCGAACAGGGUGUCAAUCGAACUGCAAUCUUGGGGCAUGGAACCAACAGCAAUGUGCAAAACGGCAGCGCAACAACUUAGAAUACCCUGACGCCAUAUUUGUUUUUUUAUUCAAAACCUUACGCUUGCUUGUGCGUGUACGUGUACGUGUGUGUGUCUAUUGUGUGAGUGUGAGAGCAGCGCGUAUUGAGGCACAAAUAUACAACAACAACAAAUUAAUUUAAAUACAAAAAGAAAAGUUAAACAAAAGCGUAGCUCACACACAAAAGUUCUACAACGAAGCAGCGAAGAAAGAUUCCCAGUCAACGUGUGUAGUGCGCUAUUAUGUAUCUGUGUGUGUGCAGCUGUAUGUGUUAGUGCAUGGGUAUGCGUAAAUUGCUGGUGAAUGCGACUGUCUCGCCUGUGUAAGAAAUAUCCGCUUACCUAAGCGCACAAAUUCUCUCGCGACGGCUUAAGAACCAAACACGUAAACACAGCAAUACACCAACACCAACACACACACACACACGCUCCAGACAUAUGUAUGCAUGUAUGUGUCUGUGUUUGGACGUGGCUAACAUAUAAAGCAAAACCAGAAAUUCCACAUUGCUUGCUGUCGGGUCGCGUUGCGCGCCUACGUAACGUAACCAAACGCGACGUAAGACGUUAGAUUGUUGUUGUUAUCACUGUCAUUGUUGUUGUUGUUGUUGUUGAGAAAUGGGCGACUCCACGCCCAUUUGCCGCUGCCGCGUGCUGUACUUGGGCAGCGCUGUGCCACGCCAAAGCAAGGACGGCCUGCAGGGCAUACAGGAGCCGCUGCGCAGUCUUUAUCCCUCGGAGGGCGCUGUGGGCGCCAAGGGAAUCGAUAGCUGGCUGAGCGUCUGGUCGAACGGCAUACUGCUGGAGAAUGUGGACGAGAAUCUGAAGCAGAUUACACGCUUCUUUCCCAUUGAGUCGCUGCACUAUUGCGCUGCAGUGCGUCAAGUGCUGAUACCGGAGCGCGGCAAUGCUCAUCCGGAGCCAAAGUUCUUGCCGCUGGACUCGCCAUUUGCGCGCAUGCCACGCGCCCAGCACCCGCCCAUCUUUGCUGCCAUCUUGCGCCGCACCACGGGCAUCAAAGUGCUCGAGUGUCAUGUCUUCAUAUGCAAACGCGAGGCGGCCGCCAACGCUCUAGUCAGAUGCUGUUUUCAUGCCUAUGCGGACAACUCCUAUGCACGCCAGCUGGAAACGGGCAGUAAUGGCGGUGGCGCUGGUGGCGGCAGCAGCGUCUACGGGACGCUCAAAAGCGCCGCUGGCAGCAAAUCGAAUGGCGACUUAACCAGCAUUGGCUUGAGCAAUGGCAAUGCUAAUGGUCAGCUGCAUCAUCAUCAUCAUUUGGCCGGACAGAACAGCUGGAGAUCGCGUGCGGGCAGCACCACAACGCUCAACAGUCUGGGACGCCAAUCCAAUGGGCAUGCCUUGAAUGGCUCCGCGCUGGGCAUGAAUGGCACUGGCAGCACGGGCAGCGCUGCCGAGGGUUACACAUCAGUCAAGAAUUUUUAUGGCAGCAGCGCUGAUCUGAAUGUCACCGUCGACGAUGGCGAAGCUUCUAUGUACAAUGGCGAUGAGAAUCACAAAGUCUGGAGCGGCUCACAGGAUCAGCUGGACAGCAUUGGCGCUGUCGAGAGUCCCUAUGAGCUGUUCUCAGGCAACACUUCGACGCUGGGCAGACCGCUGCGUGCGCGUCAGAUAAGCACGCCCAUUGAUGUGCCACCGCCGCCGGUGAGGGAGGAGCGCAAAACGAAGCGAAGCGACAAGAAGUCAUCCAAGUCAAGCGGCAGCCAAAGUCUGUCCGGCACGCUAAUCAGACCAAAGCCCAUGCAUCCAGCUGCCAUGCAACGUGCGCAGCUGCAUGCCGCACACGCCGGACAUGCAGCAGGCAGCGUCAUCUACGGCCCCAUCAGCGGUCCACCGCAUGCUGCACGUCAAUAUCACACAAUCAGUCAUCGCGGCUUUCCGCCGGGUCCGCCACAAGGACCGCCGGGACCGCCGCAUCACGCCAUGCAGCAGCAUCAUCAUCAGCAUCAGCAGCACAUGUUGCAUAUGCAGCACGCACAGCAAAUGGCGGGCAUGCCGCCGCUGCAGCUGCCCAUGAUGCUGCCACAGCAGUAUGCAACGUUGCAGCCGGCGCGCUCCACCAGCAAAAAGAAGAAGAAGGACAAGAAGAACGGCGUAGGCGGCAUGCCAGUGGGCAUGCCCAUAGUGCCGCCCAUCUAUGCGUAUCAUCAGCAGCAGGCAAUGGGCGUGCCGCCGCCACCUGGCAUGGCGCAGUCGCUGAUCAACGAACCGCGUGCGCUAAGCAUGUCCAGCCGCAAGCUGGCAGCAUCAAUGGGCAAUGGGCUGGAUGAUUCCGGCAAUUCAGGCGCCGAGUCGCCCUCACCCGGCGGCACUGGCAUCUAUCGACGCAAAGGACACUUGAACGAGCGCGCCUUUAGCUACUCCAUACGCCAGGAGCAUCGCAGUCGCAGUCAUGGCUCGCUGGCCAGCCUGCAGUUCAAUCCGCCUGAUAUGAAAAAGGAGCGUGAAAUUGCGCAAAUGGUCGCCGGCCUGGACCUCAACGACGGCGAGCGUCGCCAGCUGGGACCACCUGGUCCAGCGACGCUGCAACGCAAACAGGCAGCCAUGAUGAAUGGCAAUGCUGCGCCACAUCCACAUCCACAUGCUAUCUACGGUCCACUGGGCCCGGCCAGCAGCUUUGGCAAGCCGCGCAGAUAAACUUAAACUUCAACUCUAACUAACACUUGUCUGUAUAAGUAGAAGUAGCGAUGCUGGUCAAAGUGUUUUUAAAUCUUAAAUUUAUAAAGGCUCUGCAGCUGGCGCUUUGCUCAAAAUCAAAACGAAAAUCUUACAAUGAAUAUCGUGUGCCUUAUUAGGUUUAUACUUUAAGUAUGUAUAUGUUAGGCUUUUGGCAAAAGCAAACAAAAUAAUACAGCCUGUAGAAUAAUAUAAAAUAUAUGAAAACUUGACAAACCUUUGUUACGCGCACAAAUGUAACAUAACGUAUACUUGAUAUAUAUAUAUAUACUUUUAUUCAAAGCAAAAUUAUGCAAAUUAUAUCCAA